AGUUUGUUUUUCCAGAACUUCCAGCCGAAAUUGAAAAUCAGAUCAGAGGUAGCUGCUAGGAAUGAGACUAUUUGGAGUCUGCUUUCGUAAAUCUAUUUAACUAUGGAGUCGAGUCCCUUAGACUAUGUAGCACAGGCCUGCAUGGACCUGACCGAGGCCAUGGCAGCGGCGGGAUCCGAAGCCGACCGGGAUGCACUCAUUAUCAGCCAUAUAAAAAAAGUUUGGGCUGUUGUACCUCCUGUAGAAGACUUCAAGAAAAACUUGGAGUGGGUGAAUGUAUCAGAGCCACUGUCGCUAACCCAACACUGUUCGGAGAAGAUUGUGGUCUUGGACUUUUGGACAUAUUGCUGCAUUAAUUGCUAUCAUGUCUUACCAGACCUGGCUCAUAUUGAGAAGUUACACAAAGUAGAAAAUGGGCUGGUUGUGAUUGGAGUCCACUGUGCAAAGUUUAGUAAUGAGAAGGAUUCGGCAAAUGUACUAUCGGCGGUGCAGCGGUAUGACAUCCACCACCCAGUGGUGAAUGAUGCUGAUAGCUCUGUGUGGGAGACCCUUGGGAUUCGCUGCUGGCCUACUCUUUUAAUUCUAGGUCCUGGCAACAAGCCAAUGUUUGUCCUGACAGGUGAAGGGCACCGUGACGAACUUGUAUGGUUCGUGGGCGCAGCGCUGCGACAUUUCACUGGCAAGAUCGCUACUACUCCCCUACCGAUAGGUGUCUCUAAGCAUCUGAAGGCGAAAGCUGAUGAUGUGCUGCGGUUUCCUAGUAAGGUGGCCUUGAAUCCAUUUUACAAAGGACGUUCAGAAGAGCCUUUCCUGGCGAUCGCAGAUACGGGAAACCAUCGAGUAUUGAUAACGGACUGCUCAGGGGUUAUCCUGAGAAUUAUUGGAGGUCCGGAUCCUGGUUUCAAAGAUGGAAAGUUCCACGAGGCGGCGCUAAAUUCGCCGCAGGGCGUGUGCUGGUUGCUCGGCAGUGUGCUAGCAGUGUGCGACACGGGCAACCAUGCGCUGCGGGCGCUGCAUCUCGACGAGGGCACCGUGGAGGUGCUCGCGGGCAGCGGCACGCAGGCCUCGCACGGCGACCAGGGUGGCAAAUGUCUCGGAUUCCAAGCGCUUUCUUCACCCUGGGAUGUGGUACUAUACCGCACGCCUGACAUGGACAUGUCCGUACGGCCGCUGCUGCCUCCGCCGCCGCCGCCGCCCGGGCAGGCCGCGCUGCCUAAAGAUGAUAAGGAGGAGGAAAAAGAUAAGAAAGAUGAAAAACGUCGAGUACUGCUCGUGGCUUGCGCGGGUUCGCAUCAAAUCUGGGCGCUGUUCUUGGACACCACUAUUUGGUGGAAGUACAAAACUUUUACUGAAGGUUUGUGCGUGUGCAUCGCGGGCUCGGGCGCCGAGGCGGCGCGCAACAGCGCCUACCCCAACACGGCCGCCUUCGCGCAGCCCUCCGGCCUGGCGCUGAGGACCGGUUCAAGUCCUGAGGUAUUUAUUGCGGAUUCGGAGAGUUCUUCCAUAAGGAGGCUCGCUCUUUCCACGGGACAGGUCUCCACACUCUGCGGCGGCGACAGAAACCCUCUGAACCUGUUCGCAUUUGGAGAUGUAGAUGACAUCGGCCAAGAGGCGAAACUCCAACACCCGCUCGGAGUCGCCUACUGCGAGUCGAACAAAACCCUCUACAUAGCCGACUCCUACAACCACAAGAUAAAAAAAGUCGACAUCGGCCUCCAGAAGGUGACGACCCUCUCCCCCACUAUGAUCGAGACCACCGACCCCGUCAAGUUUAACGAACCUUCAGGGCUCUCAGCCAGUGCCGAUGGGAAAUAUCUCUACAUAGCGGACACCAACAACCAUAGCAUCAAAAUCCUCAAUAUAACCAAAAACGUGUGCCAAGAAUUCAAAGUUCGACUUCCAGAACCCAAGUUCACGGAGCCUGAGAAUUUAAUACUAUACAAAAAUGAUCUCUUCGUCAAUAGGAAGUGCGGUAACCUCAUUAUUUAUUUCAACGUAAGUUUAGACGCGGAGACGAAGAAUGUGAACUUCACGCCAGGAGCGCCGCAGAACUGGCAUGUGUGCGUGCGGGAUGACAACAAUAAAGACGUCACCUUAAACGAUUUCGAAUUUGUAGACUGUCCACAUAAAGGGACUAAACUACCCGGCAGAGUGGAAAUGAAGCUCAAACAUAGGACCAGUAAAACUCACUAUCGCCUUUACCUGAGUUUCCAGACCGCACUCUGCGAUGCGACAGUUUGUUUCUCUCACGCGUUCACCAUCAGAUCGACGAUCCUCGUGCGGGAUUCAGUAAAAAUGGUCGAGUCAUACAAAAUCACUUGCAAAGUGAACCCAGUCAAUCGGAUGACCGAUCGGUCGACCAAGCAGCCAAGAAAGCCUCCAACAAAUGACCUUGAUGUAGAAUAGAUAUAUUUCUAAGAUUACAUUUCACAUCUUUGAACAAAACGCACAUAUGUUAUUUUUAAGUUUAACCCGGUAACUGAGAUGUUACGUAUUUUUUUACGCUAAUGAAUUCUGUGAAUGUUGUUGAUUUAUCUAAUUAAGAUUACAUUUCGUAUAACAAAUUG